CUUUGGGUCAAUACAUAACGGUACUCCAGCCGAAAUACGGAGUUCUCAAGGACCUUCGAUCGCCUCAUGGGAAUUGAUCGGGAUAUUCCCAUCGCAAUGGAGUCCUCCUUGCGUCAUUCAACACUCAGGCCGAGGACUGCGGCGACUUUGUUUGACGAUCGUGCGGGCGGGAUCUUUGGACUUCCCGUUGCGUGUUCUGUGCUGUCCAUAUAUAGAACGGCCAUCCUCUGUUCAGAUCUAUCCGAUGCCUGAGUUACACGGAGCUCAAAACAUGCAACAGAUGAACCGCAACUGAUUUUAAGAUGGCUAUUCCUGAGACAUACAAAGCCUUCAGACGCACCACCGGCGACCUGCCGAGGACCAUCAGCCCGUCUACGGAACAGCUGCCCCGAGAGCUCGGACCGCACGAUGUCCUCCUCAGGAUCUAUGCCGUCUCCCUUAACUUCCGCGAUGUUGCCAUGCUGCACGGGCGCUACCCAGUGGAUGUGAUUGAACGUGGCAUCCCAUGCUCCGACGCGGCAGCUGAGGUUGCAGCAGUUGGAAGCGCAGUCAAAGACUUCGCCAUUGGAGACCACGUCUCCGUCAUUUUCGAUCUCAACAAUCUCAGCGGAUGUGAUGACGACCCAAGCAGAGCACUCGGUGGCGACGUCGACGGCCUUCUUCGGGAGUACGCCAUUUUCGAAGACAAGCACAUCGUGCAGGUGCCCAAGCACUUGUCAUGGGAAGAGGCGGCCACCAUCACCUGUGCCGGUGUCACAGCUUGGACCGCUCUCGACGGUCUCAAAGCGGCGAACCCGAGGAGCGCCCUCUUGCAAGGCACGGGAGGCGUCAGUUUGUUUGCCCUGUUGAUCUGCCUUGCUGCCGGCAUCCGACCCAUCAUCACCUCUUCAUCCGACAAGAAACUUGAACAGAUUCGGAAGCUCGGUUCCGAAGUCCGUACCAUCAACUACAGGGCCGUCAGCGACCAAGCCGCCGAAGUCAAGCGCAUCACCGACGGCAAAGGUGUCGACUUUGUCAUCAACAACACAGGGCCGGCGUCCAUCCCGCGAGACAUCAGCUUCCUCCGGCAACGCGGCGGUCUUGUAUCUCUCGUUGGCUUCCUAGCCGGUACCGACGGUGACUGGGAGCCAAGCGCCAUCAUGGCCUUGAUGGGCAAGUCCGCAAAGUUGAAGGGUAUUGGCGUGGGAUCAAAGCAGGAUUACGUCGAGCUGGACCGGUUCCUGGCAGAGAAGAAAAUCUCCCUCGCCCCGCUCGUCGACAGAGUUUUUCCGUUCGACGAGUCGCCGGCCGCCUUCGACUAUCUGUACUCGGGAAGCCAUGUCGGCAAGGUCGUCAUCAAGGUGCAGGACUAGGCUAAGUCGAGCACCUUGUGUUUUCAGUCAGAACGUGUAACUCGCCAGUCGCAAAUUUACCAAAGUCUCAACCGAAUUUCGAGAUCGUUCAACUUCGCCUAUCAGCUUGUAAAAGUGCGUGCUUCCAGGUUGUACAAGUCAUGGAGCCCGUUCGUUGUUCAUGCGCGUGAAGCCGUUGGAAGUUUGUUGCUGAUGACGAGGGCGGCGGCAAGUUGGUCGAGACAAUCGCAACCCUAAGCGCCUUUCUAAUAAGCGAAAGCAAGUGAUCAGUGGCAUGUUGAGCUUUCCACCAUCUCUUGGAGGUUGCACGGAAAGAGGAGGGAGUUGCCGCGAAGCGCAAUUGAUGAGAAAUUGAGCCGGAUUUGCGCAGUGCAGAACCAGGAACACG